CGCGCAACUCACAAACCAAAGCCAAGUUGACGACCAUUUUCUUUUGUUUCUUCUCCAAAGAUAGAAAAACGUUCUAAAUUUGACUUAUCUCUCCUUCUGAGGACCCUGGUUUACGACAUACGCGUCGAAAAGAACCUGGAAUGUCAACAACGAUUGAACAGAGGCCUAAAGAUUAUAACAGUCAAGGCUACGUAGAACGCAAGAACGGCGAAAUUCAAAACGAGGAUUAUAGGAAAUACCUUAACUCAGCAUCCAGAAAGCUGGACGAAAACGGAUUAAAUUCGCUUCCGAGGGAUCACUUGGCAAGUUCAAUUGCUGGAGAUACGUAUUUGCCGCCGUACUAUACGUCUUCAACAUCAAACACUGGAGUCCCAGCAAUGCCUUUUCCUUACUUGAACACUGGUAUAGGGGACGGCACAUGGUCUUCCCCAACGCUAAACCCAAGUACUCUCUUCCCGUCUACUGCUUUCAAUGUUAGCAGUGGCGGAGAACAGUUGCUUCCUGAUCAGAUGUUUAGUCAUAAUAACGGAGUUGCAGUUUCCAAUGCAUUUUUGGGUAAUCUGAAUCACAACACGUCGAGCAAUAUGUUUCUAACUCAAGCGGCCCCKGCGUUGUACUUUCCCGGGAGCUCAACUGAUAUCUCUUGGGGAGAACAAACUCCAGCUACUGGAGGACCUCCGUUGCUACAAAACUUUUACCAACCACCCCCACCUCCUGUUUCUGAAACUCUCAAUCCCAUCGGAGUUGGUGGGCCUGUUAGUAUGGAGAAGGCUUUGUCCAAUUUGAGUGUUAGUGUGAAUGAGCAUGAAAAUGGCCCAACUGACAACAACAUUGGACCACAUGGGAACGGACAGUCCGGUGGAAAACAACAUUUGGACUCAAAGCCUAAGUCAUGGGCUGCRAUUGCUAGUCAACCAGCAAAACCCAAACCUCUUCCUCAAAAACCAAUACAACAACUUGGACAUGUUCCAUCGUCCGGCAUGGGAAUUAUAAAAGGGGAAACUCCAUCUUGGGGAACUGUGGCAAAAUCAAAUGCCAACAAGCCAGCAGUUGGACGUGGGCAACGUCCUCGUACAGGCGUUACUGGAAAUGUAGGACUGAAUUCAAAUGUCGGUAGUUCUGGUGAAACUUUGCCUGUUCUUGAGAGACUAAGAGCAAAGUGGAACUAUAACAGCAAGGAUAACCCCCAACUCUUACACAGUAAUGCACGUUACUUUAUCAUUAAGAGCUACAGCGAGGAUGACAUUCACCGUUCCAUUAAGUAUAGUGUUUGGACCAGCACUGAGCAUGGCAACCGUCGUCUAAAUGAAGCUUUUAAAGAGCAAAUGAAAGUUGGGCCUGUCUACCUUGUUUUUAGUGUAAAUGGUAGUGGACACUUUUGUGGAAUUGCUCAGAUGAUGUCAGAAGUUGAUCUUGACAUAGAGACCGGCAUUUGGUCUCAGGAUAAAUGGAAAGGGAAAUUUGAAGUAAAAUGGUACUACGUGAAGGACGUACCCAAUAAUGCUUUGCGUCAUAUUCGCCUGGAGAAUAAUGACAAUAAACCCGUAACUAACUCACGGGACACCCAAGAAAUUCCACCAGACAAGGCUCGUCAGGUUGUGAAAAUUGUUCAGUCCUAUAAGCACCAAACGUCUAUUUUUGAUGACUUUGCACAUUAUGAAAAGCGCGAAGAAGAGGAGAUCAAAAAGGGCAACAAGAAAUUGGUUGGCGUAAAGGAGCCUUAAACCCAAAGCCUUAUCCAGGUUAUUGGAUCCAAAAGGACUGAACCUUUAUUACAAUAUUUUCCAUUGUUUAGACAAUUAUUGCUGGGGACCAAGAAUAGUAAUUAAUACAUGGAUCGUUUWAGAAUGGAUGUUCCAGAAAUUGUUUUCCAAAUAACGAGAAUCUUUAGUGGCAUGAAAUCAGAAUUUUCUACAAAUUCACAAUAGCUCCAAUGAAGCAAAAAUCAUGAUUUUGUUGAAACUAUGUUCGUGCAUUAACCAUUUCCAUAGACUGGUUUUAACAAAAUUCAUGAAUGGUCAAUCCAAUGUUUAUAAGACUAAGAAAUUUUGAGUUACAUAACCACAGGCUAAGCAAAGCAGUACAAAUUUAUAUAUUUUUGUGAACUAGUUUAAAACAUUCUUCCCUUAUUAUGUACCCUCUUUAUCCCCCUGACAUUCUCCUUUCCUAGAUUCCUUUCAAAAUGUAUUUUAAAUUUCUUCUUUUUUUCCAUCAUGAAAAAUUAUCUAUUUGCAAGAAAUAWUUUGUUUYAUUAGUAUUUCAUCAGCUGUCACCAUUGACUUGACACAAUUCAAACAUUYUAUACCAUYUUCAACAUACACCUACUUGCAAGAACGUUGACAUACGAAAAUAGAACAUUAGUAAUUUAGUGAGAAAGGAAUAAUGCAUUAAAAGACAAAAGAAAAAGUUCAGCUUCAAUGAUCUUCUUUUGUUUUUUAAURUAAUUCCUAUCCCACUAAACUAAUGUUCUAUUUUUCGUAUGUCAAUGUUCUUGCAAGUUGGUGUAUACAAAACUAUCCAUAUUUUUAAUAUAUAAGACAWCAAAUUUGGAGUAAUUGAUAUUAAAGAUAACAUGCUGGAUUAGAAAAUAUUGAUUACAUGCUACUAAAGAUACUUGACAAUAAAUGAUUACGUCGUGUAGCUUAAGCUGUCUUUGAUUUUAUGAUGUAUGACAAGAGCCUUGUUGAAGUGAACUUCCAGUAUGGUCACUGAGCAUAGCUUUUUUGAUGGUCAAAUAAACAAGCAUAUCCUCUA